AUUCGAGUAUCGAUGUAAAACGUCAGUGUCUUGUAAAGUAGUGUACAAACUACUCCCAAUGUUUUGUGUUGGAAUGUGGUUAUUUUGUUAACGGGCUACGUAAUUUUGUUCUGUGCGGCACAAGUGUAUCUUUUAAAAACCAUUCAGUUGUCGGGGAAGCAAACAGCUUUACCAGUGACAAAAAAAACACAGUUUCUCUUUGCCGUAAAAAGUAUUUCUUCAGUUGUUCAAUAAUAUGGUGCGUCUUGGAGGUGUUUAUUGUGCUGCUUUCUUUUUACAGAAAGGCGAAAAAUACGUGUAUUAGAGCAAAGACUUAUCGAUUAACUUUGAUCGUAAGCGCAUGCGCUAGAAUAAUAAUUCCGUGUGAACAAGAGAAUGUCGAGUUUUCUGCCAUCCUUAGUUUACUUGGACGCUGGCUGUUCCAAGGUCUGUUACCAUGAGGAAAAAUCGCUGUUAUGUGAAUUCGUUCCGGUUGUGUCGCCUCCACGAUGAAUGAUACAAACGUUAUUACGCAUGGGAUCAAGUCACUGUAUACAUAUGGCACGAGUACAGCGGUGAAAAGUACUUGUGGGUAGUGGAGUCACUAUAUAAAUGGACGUGUUUAGUGCACAGAAGUUUUCUCAUUAAUCAAGUUCCUCAUUAAUGGUAUAAGUUCAAACAAUUAUAUAAUGGCAACUGUAGAGUAUGAUUUAGACACUUCAGGAGGUUUAAUGCCCCAAAUCCAAGCCUUGAUAGCGCCUCCAGUUAGUGAAGAGGUUGUCAAAACAAAGAAAAAAGAGUCUAAAGAAUUGCAUCCCUACUACAAGAGACCAGGGAAAGGACAUAAUCACGAUUGUUGUGAUGCUUGCGGUGAAGGUGGCGACCUGUUAUGCUGUGAUAAAUGUCCAGCUUCAUUUCAUCUUCAGUGCCAUGACCCUCCCUUGGAUGACACGGACAUUCCGCUUGGUGAAUGGUUAUGUCAUUGCUGCAGAACUGCUGGUAAUAAAUCUGAGAGACUUGCCAUGAAUUCCAGUAUUUUAAACACAAAAUGUGAGAAUAAAAUCUUUAAACAUGUGAAAGGGAGAUGCCGAGGGAAGAAGGAGUGUGAAAAGAAUGGAAGUGAAACUGGGCAUAUGACCAUAGAGAAUGACAAAUUAUUAUCUGAAAGCGUUAAAAAUGAGGAAAGUGCAAUGGAUGUGUUGAUUAAGGCUGCCUCAACAAUGAACCCUAAGCAGUUUGAACUUCCCAGAGAGCUGAUGGUUCCACUGCCAUUUCCUGGUACUGAUAAAGGUCCAGGAGCAAACAGAAUUAAUUUACGCAGAACCUCCUCUGUGAAGAAGAAGCCAUAUGAGUUGGACAAUGGUCUCGUGCCACUACCUGUUAGAUCGUGUUUUGAGUGUCGAAAAAGCUGCCGGAAAGCACCAUUAAUAGCAUGUGAUUACUGCCCCCUUCUGUUUCAUCAAGACUGCUUGGAUCCACCUCUUACAUCGUUACCCUCAGGAACUUGGAUGUGUCCUAACCACCCGCAGAACUUCAUUGAUUCACAUCUACUAACGUCAUGUAGAGUUUCAGAAAGACUGAAGUUAUGGGAGCAGUAUUCUGGCCCAAUAGACCAGGAUGCUGUAAAAAUAAAUUUCAUGCGCAAAGCACACAGGCAGUAUCCUCCUUUCAGAAUAAAAGUUCACUUAUCUGGGAGGAACAGGGUCAGGGUUCCAGACUCUGUUAAAGCACAGUAUCGUUCUCCACCAGAUAUGAUACCAUCUUUACGUCAGUUCCUCAGGGAGCAAGAGGUUGCUGCACGCCUUGCUUCCCCCCAUGAACAGGAGCAGUGGCUAAGCAGUGUGAUGUCACUACAAAUGACUGUUGCAUGUAGUGAAAGCAGUGGCAGCUGUUCCGGUUCUAUAGCCAGCAGGGAGAAAGUAAAAGGCGAUUUUUCAUCAGAGUCACAUAGUCGCUCUCAUUUGAAAACAGAACGAUAUGGGUCGGCACCAAUUUUACAACCAAGGCAAGGCCAUCCACUUACAUCUGUUGUUAGGCCUCAGCAGUUAGGUUGCAGGGAGUCCCCUGAAAACAUUCAGGAUGAUAAUUCUAAAGUAACCGAUAACGCUGUUCUCAAUGGACUCCAGAAGUCACAUGUUGCGAAUACGUUCAAAGGCCUCACAGCAGGAUCCUCUUUGCCUUCCUCAUCUACAGAUGACCACUUAGCUCAGCUGUUGGCUAGUCAGCUCAGGGCUUCAACUCAGCAUCAUAUGGUGAGAGCACGUGCCAUUCUUUGUCCACUGGGCACAACAGGUCCUCCUUGUGCCAUGCCUUACAGGACACUGACAAUUGGUACAGGUGCAGAUAUGGAUGUCAUCUUGGAAAAUUAUGGCCACUGCAACUUUGUCUCACCAAAACAUGCAUGCAUAUUCUUUGAUGAGACAACAAAACAGUUCGAGUUACUGAACUACAGCGAACAUGGCACAAUGGUUGACAAUGUGCUGUAUUCAUGUGACUUUUCGGAGAAGCCUGCGCCUAUGGGAGCAUCAAAUACUGUCCAUCCACUGGUUCAGAGGAUACGAGAAGUAGUCCAUAAACGAAGGAAGAGAGAGACCCAAGUAUGCAGUGAUCCAGAAUCAGAACCGCAAAAGAUGAUUGCUGGCUCAGGAAAGGUAGAGAUACAGUGCAGCUGUCGAGGAAGCAGCUCUGAUGUAAUUGGAGAUGCUGGAGCUGGUUGGGAAGGGACAGCAUUGAUAAACCACGGCUCUUUCAUAAAGUUUGGCUGUAUAAAUUUUGUGUUCAGCAUCACUGCAGCUGCUGCACUGACAAAGGAUACAGAUCAGCAAUCUGUCAAACAGGAACAAAUUUCAGGAAUGGAGGCCUGAUCUGUAUGGAAUUUUCUAAAAAUGGACAUUACAGUAUUGUCAACAGAGUCAUCUUGUUUGAUAUAUUGGCUUGUUGUUAAAAUGAAGGAACAACCUAUUGUUACAGAGUAUAGAUAUGUUUUCAGUACUUGAAGGGAUUCUGUGGACUUUAUAACUCUCUAAAACAGGAGAACUAUAUGAGUAGCUGUUUUCAGCAUUAGGGCAUAGGGCAAUGUGGAUCGUACAACUGUGAUAGCAACUUUGACUUUCUUAUGAAACAGCAACCAGAAUUUCAGUAGUUAUAUUUAUAUAAUUAUAAAUAUAGUAAUAAUGUUCACUUAAAAGAAAAGUUCUUCAUCAGGCGCAGUGGAAAUUAAAAUAAAGUUUUUAUGUGCAAUAACACUGUAGUUUUAAGAUUUAUGAGUAUUGUUUAAUGGACAGUUCAUAGUUUAGAAAUCCAGGAACUGCCAGUAUUCAGUUCCUUUGCAGAUAAGUAGAACUGAAGUUUUAAACAAAAAUUACAACUUUUUGCAAUAUCUUUAGAAGUUAUAUGUAAGAGUGCUGUGAAACAAAUGUAUGUAAUUAUUUUUAAUCAGGAAGAAUUAAGAUGGCUUUCCUAUACUCGAUUCUAAUUCUGACAGUUGAUAUUGUAAAAUGACUAGUGUUGUAGAAUUUGUUUGUUUUACAUUUCAUAUUCACAAAUACAUACAGCAGUUUUUUCUGGAGUUAUGCAAAAACUAGUAUUUCAGAAUUUUGUGCUUAUACGCCUGUGAUCCUAUGAUUUGAAAAUGUCGUGUACGAGAUUCUUGUUGGAUAAUUCAGUCAGUUGUCAUAAUUGGAACCUAGAAAGUCACUCCAUGUUGAACAGUGAUAUGUUAGUGUAGUGUAAUGGAAGUGUGCACUUUUUUUUUCCUUCAAGAUUCUGAUAAACGGUAGAUGGAUUUAAUAGCUGAGGAAGAUCAUGGAAAGAGGACAAAUAUUAAUAGGAGAGGAAGUCAUUUUCCUGUUGAUAUGGUGAAAUAUAAUUAUUCAUUGCAUGAUUGUUUUAUGUGAAACUAGCACUUAUUUUCACUGGAAAGAAAGUAUGACAAGUCUUGAAAUGUCCAUAUUUUUAGUGUCAGUCACAGUGCAUUAAUUUUGGAAAUUACUGAGGAAAAACUUGGAGGAGGGAGGUGAAGGAGACAGUACUUUUAGUGUUAAAUUUGUGGCCUCUAUCCUGAAUUAAUGCAGUUUUGUUCUGAGAAACUUGUGAAAUAAUGUUCAUUUAAAAUUCUAGUGCAAAGUGGGGGGUAAUAACUAGUCUUCUUCAUUUAUAUGAGAAAUUCGGCCAUUCUUUUAUUUGUAUGUCUGAAAAUAAGAUUCCAUUGUGCCAUUAGUUUUUUAUUUGUCUUUAAAAAAGCAAGUAUAAUAAAAUUAUAAUAUUUUUGUGUUUAUCUAUACCUCAUCCCCAUUUGCAUGAGGAAAAUACCUUAAUAUGUUCAUAAUUACAGCAAAACUAAAGCAUUUUUCUCACAAGUAGUAACCUAUUCAUAAGUCCCUAGGGCUAUGUGAACUGAAGAUCAGUUUAUGAGAGAGAACCUCAGUAAACAGGCUGGUGAGGAUACUCUAAAGAAACAAGAAUUUGCACAAUUUUAGAACAAAUGUGAUAUUUAAUGAUAACUGUUAGGGAAUCGAAUAUGUUUCUUCCUUUGUCCUGAUCAAAGUUAAACUGCACAUAGAAAAAUCGGAAUUACAUAUCAUGGGUUUUCUUUAUUUUUAUAUUUAUUUAUUGCUGUAAGUGUAUCUUAGACAUAUCCUUCAUUUUGAAGCAUAACAUUUCCUGUUCGUCAUUGGCCUUUUAUCCCUUCUGUAACUCAAUCCCUUUGUCCCAAUCAUGCCGAGAAUAUACUUAAAUAGUACUUCAUAUCCUCGUCAGUUUUAUCAUGAAUUAUGUGCCAUUGCACUCUUAAACUGAAUUGUACUGGUCAUGGAAAGAAUUAAAAUAGUGACUGAUUUUCAAUGAUUCAUCAUAUUUUGAUGUAGAUGUUUAUUUAUAAAAACUCUUUAUAUUUAUUUACUUUUCAGUGGUGGAAGGGCAAAACUAUGCUAAAAAAAUUGGAUGCUAAUUGUAACUUAUGAUACAGUCCAUCAGUAUUAGUGAUGGAGAAGUAAUACACCUCUGAGAGGUUUUCUUUACUCUACUUAAUAGAGACAGUGUAGAUAUGUAUAUUUUGCCAGUGACAAAAUCUCUAAUUAAUGUUGCAUUGUGUCUAAUUGUAAAAUAUUUGUCUGUGUAGUGGGUUGUCAUUGUAAAAUGGACUCUCACAUAUAUUUUGUAUUGUAUUAUGAAUUAUUAUCUUUUUAAAGCAUUGAACCUAUGGGAAGAGAAAUGGUCUGCUACUAUUACAAUAUGCUGGAAUGAUUGGUGCUGUUAUGAAAUGCUUGUGCAGCUAUAUCUUAUGUAGACCUAGUCAGUUGUCAGUGAUAUUAUUCAAAUCACAUUUAAUGGAUUGCAGUAUUACUGUUUAUUUGUUAUAUUACACAAAAGACAGCGACAGUAAUGCAAAAGAAUGAAUAUGUUUGUGUGUAAUUUUUUUCCCUUGUUGAUGGCUGCUGUCAUGAAAUUGUAUGUGUAGAGGGACUGUGUGUGGUUUCUUGCAGUGGAGCCAUAAUGGUCACAUUUGUUUUACUGGUAGUGAUUUGUGACUUUAUGCAUCAGUAUAUAUUUAAGGCUUCCAGAAGUAAUGUAUUUUUAUUUUUAUAUUUAAUAACAAAAUAUAAUUUUUAUAUGAUA